AUGCGUCUGGGCCUCCCGUUGGGCCCAGAGAAGAGGCCCAGACACAGAGAUGCAUUCGAGAAGGGGCCUUCAGAGCUCAGAACCCAGGAGCAGAGGCCUCCAGCAAGACCAGGGAAGAAACAGUCCUCUUGGGUCCCCCAGGAAGGGUCCCAGGAGCUGCAAGCAGGCCAGGAUCAGAGUGAGCUGGGGUUUCUGCCUUCCUGGGUUCCUGAAGUACCUGAAGGGCUGCAGCAGCUGGGCUCCAGAAAGGAGAUCAAGGGCCAGCAGGGGAGGCAACGAAAUCGGGGAACCGGGGAGGAUCAGCCUCCUGAGAGCUGCCAGGGCUCCGGAUAUCAAUCCACCCUCGGUCACCAGGCAGACAUGGUGCAGCCAGCAGAGCCUUGCUGCCGCUUGGCCAGCCGUGGCCAGCCACUGGGAGGCAGGCACCCCAAGGAGGCAGGUGUCCCACACAUCAGGCCACAGGAGGCUCCGCCAGAGCCCAGCCCAGGAGGACAUGGGGACAGCUCUCAGGAAGCAAUGCCCCCAAUGUCCAUCGUGGCUCCAGAGGAAAAGACAGCCAACCCCUUCCUGCCAUCCACGCCUGGACCUAAAAAACCAAAAGGAGGGAGUGAGGCUGUGGAGACCCAGCCAGCACCGGGGCCUCUUCCUCCACCAGUCAUCAUUUCACAACAGCAUCCCCCACACCCCUCAUGUCACUCAUGUGUCACUGACAAACAGAAGCAUCAGAUGAGAAGAAGCAUCCCCAAACCCACCACCCUCCCUGCCUUGAUUUGGCUGCAAUGGGAGCUGUGA